GCAAAAAAUUCAACAUUCCCGUCCGAUUUUGGAUAGGAAUUAUGGUCUUUCUGACGACUUACAUCAACUACACUACCAGAGUUAACAUGUCUAUCAGUAUUAUAUCAAUGACGAAAGGAAAAAGUAAAACGACUCCGGAAUGUCUUCUCAAAGACAUGGAAACAACAAAUAAUUCAUCGACAACCCAAAUACCAAAACAUUUACCCGAUUAUGGACCACGAUACGAGUGGGAUGAAAAUACCCAAGCGCUAGUAUUGGCGAGCUACUUCUACGGUUACGUCAUCGGUUCCUUACCUGCUGGAUUCGUUUCAGAAACAUGGGGUCCAUUUAAAGUGAUAUUCUGGACGCACGUUCUCUCAGCCAUCAUGAAUUCCCUGUCCGUGUUUGGAACCUGGAUACAUUACUCCGUACUCGUGAUUACAAGAAUUGUAUUAGGAUUAGCUGCUGGCCUUGUGUACCCCGCGCUUCAAGUCCUGAUAGCAAAAUGGGCUCCUCCAGCAGAAAAAGGAAAAUUCGUCGCCGGUUUGAUGGGAAACACGCUGGCCACAUGCAUCACGUGGCCGCUGGUUGGCGCCAUAACCUCUUCGGCUGGCUGGGAUUGGGGAUUUCACGUCGUGUCUAUUCAAAUUGCGGUAUUUUGCGUCAUAUUCUUCUUCGUCGCUGCGGAUAGUCCAGACACUCAUUCGUUUAUCAGCGAAGAAGAAAAAAGCUUCAUCAAGGAAGCCCAAGGAGCAUCAGUUUCUAGUAAGAAGGCGGUGCCUCCAUAUUGGUCAAUAUUGAAAUCAUUCCCGUUCUGGAUGCUGACCAUUCUCCAUUUUGGAAACUUGUACGGCCUUUACCUUCAACUCACCACAGUUCCCAAAUUCAUGGCCGAAGUAGUUGGAUUCAAUUUGAAGGAAGCCGGUGGACUUUCAGCUCUGCCACACUUGUUGAGGCUAUUUUUGGGCACAGCAUUCGGUUCUCUCGGAGAUUUUCUUAAACGCCGUAAAAUCUUAUCCAACAAGGCUAUCAGAAAAUCAUUUGUUCUGUGUUCGCACAUCAUACCAGGUAUACUGCUGAUAGGCAUAUCUUUCGUUGGUUGCAAUUGGCCGCCAAUUGUGGCCUUGUUGACUUUCAGCAUGGCGAUCAAUGGGGCAGCAGUAUUGACCAAUUUGCAGAAUCCGCAAGAUCUCGCGCCAAACUUUGCUGGAUCUAUAUUUGGUAUAAUCAGUUUCAUUGGGGGAACUACAGGAUUCAUUGUGCCAGCCAUAACUGGAGGUCUUAUUCAACAUCACAGUGGAACAAAAGAAUGGGGUUACAACUUCAUAAUAGGAGGAUGCGUCUACAUGGCGUCUGGAAUCUUGUUCAUGGUGUUUGGAUCUGUAGAAGAACAAAGCUGGAAUAGGAAAGCUGAUACUGCUCAAUCAGAACCUGAGGAGCAAGCUAGUUAAAAACAGAAACUCAUAUUACGAAUUCGGAGGCAUUUACUACUGUGAUCAUCAUGAUUCAUUCAUCGCCAAUAGUAUAAUUCUUGUAAUAAACGGCUACUUUCGAAAUAUAAUGAAGUAUGUUAUUGUAAUAAAAACAUUAAAUAAAAAUGAACUCAUUCUUUACUA